AUGCUGACAGAUGACAUGAAGCUCUGGCAUGGCUUAGUGAUUGCAGCAGUCUCCCUCUUCCUGCAGGCCUGCGUCCUCACAGCCAUCAGUUGCUUGCUCAGCAGGCACAUGGCCCACCAGAGUGAACGGAUACUGAAAGAGGCCAAACUCCAGGCCCCCAGGCCCAGCCCUGCCCACGAUCGCCCACCUGCUGCCAAGGAGCUGAAGGAGACUCGGGCAGAGAGAGGCACUCCUGUGCCUGAUCCCCAGUACAGGCAUGACAGUGACACAUCCUCAGAUAGCUCGGACAGCUCAGAUAUCUGCAGCAGCUCACCUCCCACCUGCCAGGCCACCGAGGAUGUGAAUUACACAGAAAUGGCCUUUUCAGCCCCCGGAGGACUAAAAAAUGAAUCUGCCCCAGACUAUGAGAACAUAAAGGAAACCACAGAUUAUGUCAAUGUCAAUCCAGAAAACCACAGUGUCAAUUUCUGGACUUCUAUGGACUCUGCUUCUGAGACAGUGGAAUACAGUCAAGUGGCUGUGUGA